AUGGAUCAGUUUGGGAAGCGCAGCAAGUCUGGACUUGUCAGGACUCGGAUUCCUAGACCCCAGGUCGUAUCGCAGCCAAUCCCGUCUUCUGGCUAUGCAGGUGUUUGCAGCAUCAGAAACUGCCCUUGCAAAAUGAGCCGCUUCGCUCGGAAGAGCUCCUUGGAGCCGCUGCAGUCUGAGCUUCGGCAUUCCAGGUCAGAUUCGGCAAGCAAUUUAUCAAUGGAUACCUUUUGGCUGGAGGUGGAAAGCAUCAAAGAGAGCACCGAAUCUGAGCCUGAAGAGUGCAAUCUUAUGGAAGUCAAACCCCAAGAAGAGGGGGAAGCAGAAGCCGAAUGGCUGCAAGAUGCUGGGCUGUCAGACUUGAUUGGGGACUGCGCCACAGAGAAUGGCAACAUCGUUCUGCUUUCCACUUUGACCAAGACCCAGGCUGCGGCUGUGCAACGACGGCUGGAUACUUACACCCGCUCUCGGCGAAAGAAGAACAAGCAGCCUGUCCGUGAUGUCCGAGACAUCUUUGGAGUGGUUGGCUCUGGGGAGACUGCACCAGAGCUGGGCUCAGAAAUUGAUCGAUUGCAACACAGAUCUACAUCAUCCAACAAUAAUCAGAAAUCAGAUGCAACAGGAGUCCCAGAUUUCCCUUCUCCUUUGAGGGGCUCUGGAAAAGAAGAGAUAUUCAGCACCGAAAUUGCUUAUUCGGAGCAAGCAGCUAUCCUGCUGAAAGGCUCAUUCCCAAGGGAAUCCAGACGGAUCAAGGACGAGAGUUCUUUAACUAAGUUUAAGAUCCCCAAGGGCAGGCUGGGAGUGACCAGGAUAGGAGAUUUAUCACCACAGGAUAUGAAGAAGAUCCCCACGUUAGCACUCAUCGAGCUAACUGCGCUUUGUGAUGUCCUAGGCUUAGAGCUGAAGAGGAACAAGGCAGCAAAAUGGAAGGCAACAGAGAACAAGCUCUUUGGGGUUUCACUUGGCACUCUGCUAGAAAAUGAUCAGAAACUCCUCCCAAAUACCAAAGUUCCAUUGAUUCUGCAGGCAUUGCUGUCGUGUUUGGAAAAGAGGGGGCUGGACACAGAAGGAAUCCUGAGAGUCUCAGGAUCACAGACUCGCAUUAAGAGUCUGGAACAAAAGCUAGAAAGCAGCUUCUAUUCUGGUUUUUUCCAAUGGGAUGAGGUCCAUCAGAAUGACGUGUCCGGCUUGCUGAAGAGGUUUAUUCGGGAACUUCCAACUCCCCUGCUGACAGCGGAAUACUUGCCUGCCUUUGCAGCUGUGCAGAAUAUCCCAGACUUGAAACAGAGGUUGCAAGCUCUAAAUCUGCUUAUUCUGAUUUUACCAGAGCCAAACCGAAACACCCUGAAGGCCCUGUUGGAAUUCCUGAGGCUGGUGGUUUCCAGAGAGAAAAAGAACAAGAUGUCUCUCUGGAAUGUUUCCACAGUCAUCGCUCCAAACCUCUUCAUGCACAAGGGGCUGCGGAACAAGAUCCCAGAGGGAAAGGAAAAACAGCUGGCAGAAGGGGCGGCAGAUAUUGUGCGGAUGAUGAUCCACUAUCAGGAUUUGCUCUGGACUAUAGCGUCUUUCCUGGUCACUCAAGUGCGAAAACUAAACGAGAGUAGCAGCCGAAAGUACCAGUUCUAUGACAGGAGGAUCAAAAACCUGCUGAGGAAGAUUCACACGGACAAGGAAAAGGCAGAAAAGAACCAUGCGGAACCGUCCAAAGUAGUGAAAGUCCAAGCUUCCCUGUUCCUGAAGGACUCUAUGGAGGUUCACUUAAACAGUGGCACUAAAGCGGCCGAUGUUCUGCGGCAGUUCCAGAAGCACCUCUGUCAGAACGGCUGGAAUAUUGUCAACGCCGUCAACCUCAUCAAAUGCAAUGGGUCGGUAGAGUCCAUGAAUUUGCUCCUGUACGAAGUUGGUGGCAAUAUAAGUGAGCAUUGCCUGGACCCAGACACGUACCUCUUAGACCUGUACCAUGUGAAUCCCCACGCAGAAUGGAUUAUAAGGCAAAACCCGUCCUUUCCACGAACACUCUAGGGAACACGUCUGGAGAA